CUUUUCCAGGAAAGAAGUAAUCUUUCUUAAUAUAAGAGAUCCAUUGCGAAUAUUACUUUUGCUGUUGGAAUCGUUUGUCUGAAGAAAUCGUUGUCUGUCAAGAAAGUCACGGAAACUGAGUCAUAUUCGUUUAUUUUACGACCUUUUCUAUUUUUGGGAAAUCAUUGUUGCAUUCUAAGGAUUUGUUCCUUUACGCUUUCUCAUUUGGAAACCAUUUGGUGUUGGAAAUUUUGUUGCAACGACGUGAAGUGGCCGUUGUAAUUUUGGAACACUGUUUUGAUCAUUUACGUAUUUAUCGUUUUUGCUUUAUUGGUUCUUGGUGAAUUCCAUUGAUCAUCAUGAGAGAACCUUGGUGGAAAAACUAUCAUACCUCUAAUGGGACACUACUUCAGUAUCAAAAUGUAUCUAUUUUAUCGACGCAGGGAUCAAUUCAAGUUCCUUUGAGCUUAAUCGACAAAGCCGAGCGCAACCGGAUUCUAACUGGUAUGACAGUAUCCGCUCAAUUAGCCUUAGGCGUUUUGAUCAUGGUAAUGAGUAUCCUUCUUUCAUCUCCUGAGAAAAGGAGGACGCCUGUAUUUAUUGUGAAUUCUGCUAGCAUUGUCUCUAUGUGUAUUCGCGCUAUUUUGAUGAUUGUGAAUUUGUGCAGCAAGAGUUACAGCCUCGUGGUCAUGUAUGGAUUUGCGCUUCAACUUGUUCAUGAAUAUGUUCAUGUCUUUGAUGUAUUGGUCAUGAUCGUUGGUACGAUUAUCAUCAUUACAGCGGAAAUUAGUAUGCUUUUGCAAAUUCGUAUCAUCUCCGCACACGAUAGGAAGACUCAAAGGAUCAUGACUUGUAUCAGUGCUGGUAUGGGUCUUGUGGUAGUGGCUUUUUGGUUUACCAACAUGUGUCAGCAAAUCAACUACCUUUUAUGGUUAAUUCCAUAUAAUAACCAUCAAAUUUCUGGAUAUUAUUGGGUAUACUUUAUCGCCAAGAUUCUUUUUGCUAUCAGCGUUAUAUUUCAUAGUGCUGUCUUUUCGUACAAGUUGUUCCACGCAAUACAGAUUCGAAAAAAAAUUGGUCAAUUUCCUUUUGGUCCUAUGCAGUGUAUUUUAAUUAUCAGCUGUCAAUGCUUAUUUGUACCUGCUAUCUUUACUAUUAUUGAUAGCUUUAUUCACACUUACGAUGGCUUCAGUUCUAUGACCCAAUGUCUAUUAAUUAUUUCUCUCCCGCUUUCCAGUUUAUGGGCGUCCAGCACUGCAUUAAAGCUUCAAAGCCUAAAAACUACAACUUCUCCUGGUGAUACGACUCAGGUUUCUAUCCGUGUGGACCGGACAUAUGAUAUUAAACGUAUUCCUACUGAAGAGCUUUCCAGUGUUGAUGAGUCUGACCUCAAGAAGUGGCCCUAAAUUCCUUUAAUAUUUCUUUUUUGCCUUUCCCUCUCUCUCUUUUUAUUUUUUUGUGAAAUGAACUUUGCGAUCCUACUUAUUACCAUCGUUGUUGAUUAAGUUUAUGAGUCUAUUUCAUGUUACGGGAAAUUUAUGCGGGUCUAUGAACCAGUUAUAUUUAAUUAAUUUAAUCUAAUUUAAUACAUUUCAGUUUAGUUCAGCUCAAUUAUGAAUGGUGAUAUGAGAGGAAUUAGCAGCAGAGAAUUCUGUAAUUACGGAUAUGAGC